AUGUUCGAGGAACUUAAGAAUUACGUGCGCUCGCAUGGUCAAGAGCAGCUAAUUAAAUAUUGGCAGGAGCUGGGGGAUAAUGAACGGGCGAAAUUGGCGGGAGAGAUCAGAAAGCUGGAUCUAGCUGAAAUGAACGAAACUUUCCAGCGCGCGAACGACACUUCAAAACUAAUAUCGGAGAAACUUGACGAAGACCUGAAACCAAUUCCACAGACUCACUACGAAGCUGUACCAGAUUUAACGGAUGAUAAAAUAAAGGAAUACGAAAGCAUCGGCCUGGAAGAAAUAUCUAAAGGUAAUGUUGGUGUUUUGUUACUAGCUGGAGGGCAAGCGACUAGAUUAGGCUUUGGUCAUCCCAAAGGAAUGUACGAUGUCGGCUUACCGUCUCACAAAACACUCUUUCAAAUCCAAGCGGAACGUAUCUUGCGACUGCAAACCCUGGCUGAAGAAAAAACUGGUAAAGCAGGCAACAUUACCUGGUAUAUAAUGACAUCAGAACACACUAAAUCCCCAACAGCCAAAUACUUUAAGGACCAUGGCUAUUUUGGUUUAAAUGAAGGGAAUAUAGUGUAUUUCGAACAGGGUACAUUACCCUGCUUUGAUUUUGAGGGCAAAAUAAUUUUAGAUGAGAAAUUCCAUAUUGCUUCUGCACCAGAUGGCAAUGGUGGUUUGUAUAGAGCAUUGAAAACUCAAGGAAUCCUUGAUGACAUAAAAAAACGUGGUAUCCAACACUUACACGGUCACUCUGUAGAUAAUAUCCUGACCAAGGUAGCAGAUCCAGUCUUUAUUGGCUACUGUAAGAGUAAGAAUGCGGACUGUGCAGCUAAAGUUGUGCAAAAGUCUUCUCCAAGUGAGGCUGUGGGUGUGGUGUGCAGGGUAAAUGGUCACUACAAGGUAGUGGAGUACUCCGAAUUGACAGAUGAGGCAGCAGUGAGACGAAACCCAGAUGGAAGAUUAACAUUCUCAGCAGGUAAUAUCUGUAAUCAUUAUUUCUCAGCAGAUUUCCUACACAAGAUUGCAGAUUUUGAGAGAAAACUCAAAUUGCAUGUUGCUAAGAAGAAAAUUCCAUACAUAAACGAGGAUGGAGUCAAGGUAAAGCCAUCAGAACCAAACGGAAUAAAAAUGGAGAAAUUUAUAUUUGAUGUCUUUGAGUUUGCUGAGAAUUUUAUAUGCCUGGAAGUUGCUAGGGAUGUUGAGUUCUCCGCUUUAAAGAAUGCUGAUGCUGCUAAGAAGGACUGCCCGUCAACAGCUCGAGAAGAUUUACUAAGGCUUCAUAGGAAGUACAUAAGACAGGCUGGUGGUGAGAUCUCUGAUGAUGUAGAUGUGGAAAUCUCACCUCUACUAUCCUAUGGUGGUGAAAACCUCAAAGAGCUUGUGGAAAACGAAGUGUUUGCCAUAUCUCCUUUCCACUUGCAUGCUAUCCAUGAAACAAAUGGGUACCAGAAUGGAUAUAAAAAUGGUAAUCACUAG